AUGAGAGCAACGCCAUACUAUCAAGAUAAUCAAUUCCACAAUUUUGAUACUUCACCACAACAACAACAUCAAACCUCAACCUUGCUUAAUUAUAGACAACAACUGCAACCUCAACAUCAGCAUCAAAAUUAUCAACAUCAACAGCAACAACAGCACCAUACUCCACAACAACAACCUCGCCAUAGUUCAUCAAAAUCUUUUGAUCUUAGUUCAUUAAGUGCUGAUUUACCUCCAAAUACAGGUCCACCAGGUUCAGUUCCAAUUACAAAUGGUAUAAACUCAUCAAAUAAUAAAAAUUUAAGUCAUGUUCCUUGUAAAUUUUUUAAACAAGGAAUAUGUCAAGCUGGAGAUUCUUGUCCUUUUAGUCAUAAUAUUGAAGGUGCAUUAGCAGCAGAUAAAUUACCAUGUAAAUAUUUUUUAAAGGGAAAUUGUAAAUUUGGUUUAAAAUGUGCUUUAGCUCAUUAUUUACCUGAUGGUACAAGAGUUAAUCCAAAAAAUUUUAUUUUUAAUCAAAAUUUGAAUAAUGAUAAUUACACUCAUAAACAACAACUGCAACAACAACAAUAUCAACCUAAUCAACCUCAUCUACAAUCUCUUGAAAGACAACAUAGUUAUCAACAAUCUGUUACUGGUACUUCACCGGAUUAUUAUUCAUCGUUAAAAGAUGAUGAAAAUUCAAUUAUAAUAUCACCAACUUCAAAUUAUCAAGCUACAAAUUUCAAAGAUAAACCUUUAAAUCAAGGUCCAAUAACUUUAAAUUCAAUUGCAAAUGAUAGUCUUGCAAGAUCAAGUUCUUUUAAAAGUUUUUCGAAUAACAAGGACCUUAAUAGUCAAAAUUCUUCACCAGUUAAUCAAACAAAAACUACAGUAAGUCAAUAUAAACCAAUUAAUUAUCAAAAUAGCAAUUAUCAACCUUUUGGUUCAAAUUCAUAUUCAAAUGCUUUUAAUGUCAGCAAUGACUUGACAAAUUCAAACUCAAGUUCUUUUUCAAAUAGUCAAAUAAACCAAUUAAAUCAACCAUUUACAAAAUUGAAUAGAUCAUAUUCAACAAAUUUAACAAAUCCAAAUUCAAUUUCACCACCAAAUCAUCAAUUUUUCAAACAACAACAACAAAAUUCAUUUGUUAUUCAAUCAUCUCAAGAUUAUAUUCCUAGUACAAGACAUUCAUUUAAUUCUUUAAGUCAUAGUAACGAAUUUUGCUCAUUUAGACGAUCAUUGCAAGAACAGCAAGCUUUCCAACAACAACAUCAACAAUUAUUUAACACUACAGCCGUAUUUGAUGAAGAUGAUGAACUUCCAAAAAAAUUCGAAGAACAAGAUCAAGAAGAGGAAGAAGACGAUGAUGAUGAUCAUAAAGGAGAUUAUUUACCUACAUCUGUUGCAAAUGUUGUAUUUGGGUUAGAUUUAUAA